GCCCCGCCCCGGUUCUCCGCGGUCUCGUUCGCCCCGGACCCCCAGCGUCGGGUCCUGAGCUGGUGACGGACGCGAGGCGGGAUGGCGAAACCGGGUCCCCAUGGCUUGCACUCGUCGGUUAACUUUCUCCUGCCUCUCGUCUGGUUGCCACCACAACAAAUCACGCCUCUUGUAUUUGCGGCUCUUGUAAUCCACUUUUAAAUACGGUUACGCGCUGCAGAAGGACGUUGCCGGUCUACGCGGGACAGCAUGAUCUCUUAAGAUUAUAAUACCGUCUUCUUGCUGUACCGUUUCUCUCGUUAGAUACGCAGAUACUCACUAGUGUGCUGCAGUUACCUGCAGUGUUCAGUGCAGUAACAGGUUGUACAGGUUCGUGGCCUAAGAGUCCUAGGCUGUGUCAUCUGGGUUUCUGUAAGUGCACUGCUGUCCGAAGAAACUGCCUAAGGGGCCAUUUCGCCAUUUCUCCAUUUCUCAGAACGCAUCUCCGUCGUUAAGUGACGCAUGACAUACCUAUACCAACUAAUGUUACAAUUGAGUCCUAUAACAUGAAACCUAUCGUAUAUUGGGAGUACCAGAUCAUGCCACAGGUUCCUGUUUUUACCGUAGAGGUAAAGACCUAUGGUUAUGGAGACUGGACUGUUGCCUGCACCAAUAUUUCUCAUCGUUAUUGUAAUAUUUCUGACCACGUUAGUGAUCCAUUAAAUUCUCUUUGGGUCAGAGUUAAAGCUAGAGUUGGACAAAAAGAAUCUGCCUACGCAAAGUCAGAAGAAUUUACUGUAUGCCAACAUGGAAAAAUUGAGCCACCUAAAUUGGGUAUCAGAAAGGGAGAGAAGCAAAUCACGAUUGACAUAUUUCACCCUUCUGUUUUUAUAAAUGGAGAAGAGCAGGAAGUGGAUUAUUAUGAUGAAAUUACCUGUUACAUUAUUGUGUACAAUGUCUAUGUGAGAGUGAACAAAAGUGAGAUCCCGUAUAAAGUAUCCACGAAGAUGGAAGAUGAUUGCAACGAGAUUCAGUGCCAGUUAACAGUUCCAGUGCCCUCACUGAAUUCCCAGUACUGUGUUUCGGCAGAAGGAGUCUUAAAUGUAUGGGGUGUUACAACUGAAAAGUCAAAAGAAGUUUGUGUUACCAUUUCCAAUAGCAGCAUACAAAGUUCUCUUUGGAUUCCAGCUGUGGCUGUUUUACUAUUUCUAGUACUUACCCUGGUAUUAAUCUAUUUUUACAUUAAGAAGAUUAAUCCGUUGAAGGAAAAAAGCAUAAUAUUACCCAAGUCCUUGAUCUCUGUUGUAAGAAGUGCCACUACAGAGAUAAAACCUGAAUCAAAAUACAUGUCACGCAUUACAUCAUACCAGCCAUUUUUCUUAGAAAAGGAGGUGGACUGUGAAGAGCCACUGUCUCCAGUUCCAGACAUGCAUACUGAAGACAAUCCAGGAAAAGGAGAACAUACAGAAGAACUUUCUAGUAUAACAGAAGUGGUGACUACUGAAGAAGACAUUCCUGACAUGGUCCCAGGCAGCCAUCUGACUCCAAUAGAGAGAGAGAGUUCUUCACUUUUAAGUAGUAACCAGUCUGAACCCUGCAUCAUCACUUUAAACUCAUAUCACUCCAGAAAUGGUUCUGAUACUGAUUCCAGCUGUCUGGAAUCCCAUAGCUCCUUAUCUGACUCAGAAUUUCCCCCAAAUAAUAAAGCAGAAAUAAAAACAGAAGAACAAGAAGUCAUAACAGUAAUAAAAGCCCCCACCUCCUUUGGUUAUGAUAAACCACAUGUGCUAGUGGAUCUGCUUGUCGAUAAUGACAGUAAAGAGUCCUUGAUUGGUUAUAGACCAACGAAAGAUACUAGAGAAAUUUCAUGAGAUCAGCUAAGAUGCGCCAACUUUGAAGUCUGAUUUUCCUGGACAGUUUUUCUACUUUAAUUUCAUGAAAAGUUUAUGAUCUCAGAAAUUGUAUGUUAGUUGAUAUCAACCAAAUGGAAUGACUUACUUUAGAUAAAAGUCUAAAGAGGAUGUUUGGCGGUGUUACUUUCGGCAAGACUUUUUUUUUUUUUUAACAAAAAAAGCAUUGUAGCUUACGAACCUUUACAUCGAGGUAGGCUAGCAGGAACGGUGAACAGUAUCCAGUACUCCUGGUUCUUAGGUGAGCAGGUGAUGUCCCAGUGACCUUUUUAGCCACUUUACUCUUUUUCUUUUCUCUACUUUGGUAUACCAUUUGUUUUUGUAAGUUUUAUGUAUACAGUAAUUUUAAGUGCUUAAUUUCAGAAGAAAUUCUGCAGGCUUUUCAAAAUUGGACUUUAAUUCAAACUAAUAGAAUUUAAUGAACUAUGUAAAUAGAAACGUAUUUUUUAUGAAACAUUACAGUUAGAGAUUUUUAAAUAAAGAAUUUUAAAACUCA